AUGAUCCCCAGCUCAACGUACAUGCUGCUGUUGGCUGGAUCCAGCGGAAGCAGUUGGUCGUUCAGCUCGUCGUCGGCCUGUCCCUGUUCGUUCAGGUGUACCUCCACGUCAGCAGGCUCUUCCUGCGGUUCCUCGGAGUCAGAGUUUUGGUACGUGGAUGUCGCUGCUAUACGGUCGUUUAUCGCCCUUAAGGCUGUUUGUAAAUGCUGGUCUAUCGUGAAGCCUGAAAAAACACCAAACAACGGGUACUUGCUGGCACCCUCCUCUGGCCAAAGUUCGCACUCAACAGGAGCCCGGUUUAAAUCCGAACCUUCUAUUAUGUUUAAGUAG